AUGAAAGUUCUGUUAAUCUCAGCAGUGAUUUACUGCGCUAUUGCUACGUGUUUUGCACAGAAAGUUGAGUUUCAUGACUGUGGCUCGCAGCUGUCCACCAUUAAUGAAGUUGACGUCAACCCCUGUCCAAGCCUGCCGUGCAUCUUUAAAACCAACUCCAAUGUCACACUGACCAUAACUUUGACACCCAAUGCAGCUGUGUCAGACGCCAAGUCAGUAGUCACGGGUAUCAUUGAGGGAAUUCCCGUUCCCUUUCCUCUGCCCGACGAAAACGCCUGUAAUUUCAUGACCUGCCCCUUGGCACCAGGAACUGCUGUCACCUACAAGACUGCCAUCUUCGUCAGGCCGGAGUAUCCCUCAACAAAUUUGAUUGUUCAAUGGGAAGUGACGUCUAGUUCUGGCGAGGUGUUCUGUUUCUUGGUGCCAGCAACCAUCAGCAAGUGA